CGACGCCGAGUGGAACGGCGGCGACAAAGGCGAAGCAACUGGAUCCUUGAAAACCCAGCUACAGCGUGGAAGUCUCAAAGUUGAAGUCGCAAACGAGAUCCUGCUCUGAUUCAAGGAGGUCUGCGGCGCAGGUCAAUCAGCUACAGCCGUAACUUGUGCUUCGAUCAGAGCGCGCGCUUAUAGUCAGCCUUCUACCUUCCAUAUACCCGUGAACUCGAAGUCUCAGUGCAUACACCCACCUCAAGGUCUCUACCCCUGCGAUGGCUGCAACUGCUACCGCGAACGGGGUGAACCCGAUUUCGUCACCCGUACCCGCUACGCCUCCACCUUCAUCGCGACCUCUACCGUCGCCUUCCUUCCCUCUCGUCAGCCCCAAGAAGCACGAGCCGAAUCCGCAUCCAUACGCCAUCAAGACAACGUCUACCGCGCUCCUCUCCCGAGCAAACUCUUCCGGACACACUAACCAGAGCCGCCAUUACUACGUCCCGCUUUCACCAAGUCCGACCAACAGCUCGCUCAGCACCGGUUCGCGAGGCCGGAAGUCGAGCGAUGACUUCGGAAAGGGGCAUAAACAUUCAAAGAGCUUGAACGACGAGAAGCCGCGACCGCUACCUACCCCUCCGCGCGCUCUUCCGACGCCGCCGCCACGAAGUUCUUCCUCGCUCUCGAAUCACUCCAAUUCCAGCGACGUCGGUUUCGUGGACGCGCAAGUCGAUGACAACUGGACACCUCCUCGCAGGACUCGCCGUGCCGAGACCCUUCCAACCUUACCGAACACCACCCCCGCCGCCGACAUCCCUUACCUCGAUCUUCCCGCCAACCCGAAAUUGUGGACCCCCAGCCAACUCGGCUCUUACCUCAGCGCCGCUCUACGCGUACGCUCGGGUGGCCAGGAUGCGCUGCCUCAAGCCGUGGCGCGCGACAUCGCCGCGUUCGUUCGUCAAGCUCGUAUCGGCGGGCGGGUUUUCCUUCGGUUGAACGAAGGAGAUCUGGAAGAGAUGGGCGUGAAUCAGCUGUGGCGAAGCGCGCUCCUCGCCGCCGCCAGGGCACUACGCGCGGACGCCGUCAAGGGUCGAAUAUGGGGCCCGGACGCCGACGCCUCAUCCCCGCUCUUCCCCUUGUUCUCUCCAUCUGCUUCCUCUGAGAAUUUGCUGAGCUCCAACGGCUCCAAGGACAUCCUAUCUUCCCCGGAACGCAUGAGCGAGGCCGGCUUGGACGAUGAAGAACGCGCGGAGCGUCGUCGGGUCCGCCGCGAGGGGCGGGUUAGUCGCAUCGUGCAGAGCCUCGAGAGCCGGCGAAGUGAGAGCGGUAGCGAGUUGGGCAGCGAAAGCGGUAGCGAUGUCGGCUCCGUUCAUGGUGACCAUGAAAUUUCGUACUCGCCUCCCGAUGUUUUCGCGCCGAUCUCCCGUGCCCGACAGGAUGACGGGGAAGACCAGGAACCUACGAUGGAGGAGCUCCUUGCUAAUUCGGCCACUGGAUCCUGGGGCGCUCGUGCAUGGGAGGAGAUGGACGCCGCCCCGGGAGCCACCAUGAAGCACGUCGACGUACCGGAGCCAGAGCUGGAUUUGGCCGGCAUGGAGACGAUUGUGCCUUCGCACUCUGGUGGUUCGGGCAAGUCAAAGGGCAGCGGCGGGCUGAAAGGCGGCAAGGCGCGAGAUGAGCGACGCGUAGUCACAGCUAUCUUCUCUCCGGAGGAGCAUGGUCAAGGCGGGAAUGACGCGACGGUGUCAACGGGGGCUGAAGACGAUCGACGACUGCCGACGGGGGCUGAAGAUGACGGACCAGUGCAACGGCUUCAGGCCGAGCUGGACGCUACGCAUGGCCUGGUGGACGACCUCCGGCGAAGGCUGGAGCUGCUCGAGGCCCGCAUCACCGCUGCGGAAGAUGGGGAAUCCGUUCGUGUCAAGGAGUUGGAGGCCAAGCUGGAAGAGGAACGUUUGGCCAAGGAGGAGGCACUCACUCGUGCGAUUGAACUCGCAGAAACCCUCGACUCGGAGCGACGCGAGAGGGAGAAGUCCAUUGCCGAGCAGGAGGAGAAGAGCUCGGCCCACGACCUAGAGGAGCAGAACAAGAAAGACGCGGUGGUCAGCUCGCGUGAUGUCCACCUUAGGCGCGGCCGGGAGUUAGCUGGGAAGCUUCGGGACGAACUCCAGUUGCCGUCGAUGUCGCAGCUGCCGUCAUACGUCCUCCUGGUUGGCUUUGGGGUGUGCGUGGUAGCACUCCGGGUCGUCUUCCGCAAGAUGGUCAUGGCCGGUCGGGGAACGCGAUAAUCUCACCUCCUCCAUACGAUCUCGACAUCCCCAGCAUGCCUCGCAGAACACUGACACACACGAUAUGUCGCUACCCCACAGGGCUCUCGGUUCUUCCGUUUCAUGAGACCCCCCCCUUCGCAUUUAAUCUACGUGCAUUGUAUUCUUCGCCUAGCAUUGCUUUCUCGUGCUUUUCAUCUACGUUACGAUCCCUUACGGCGUUUACGACCAUUUACGACUCUUACUUAGUCUGGCUUGCUCCUGUC